AUGACGAUAAUGAACUGCGUUUUGUUUUCUUCUUCAAUUUCAAUUCCAACUCCAUCCCCAAUUUCAACACAAAAACCCUAUAAACACCUCGCUCUCUCUUCCUCUUCCUCUCUAUCUUCAAUUUCAAGUGUUUCUAUUACUCCACGCAAGCAAAUCAGAAGAAACAAUGGUUUCACAUGUAACGCGCUUUUCGGAUUAGGUGUACCCGAACUCGUCGUUAUCGCCGGAGUUGCUGCCAUCGUUUUUGGACCCAAGAAAUUGCCUGAAGUUGGUCGCAGCAUCGGUAAAACCGUCAAAAGCUUCCAACAGGCAGCAAAGGAGUUCGAGUCUGAGCUUAAAAAGGAACCUGAUUCCACAGGAGGGGAGCCAUCUGAGAAAUCUAUUGCUGGGAGCGAACAGGAGAAGCAAGACACUGAGGUGUCUAGUUCUAAGGAUAGUGUAUAA